AUGCGCUUUAUGCAGCCUCUUCUAGAGGACACGACAAGAGGACACGACAAGGUCGUGCAGAUACUGCUAGAAAGAGGAGCCGAUUUCAACGCCCAGGGUGGAUUCUACGGAGAUGCGCUCCAAGUAGCUUCUUCUGGAGGACACAACAAGGUCGUGCAGAUACUGCUAGAAGGAGGAGCCGAUGUCAACGCCCAGGGUGGAACCUACGGAAAUGCGCUCUAUGUAGCCUCUUCUAGAGGACACGAUAAGGUCGUGCAGAUGCUGCUAGAGCGAGGAGCCGAUGUCAACGCUCAGGGUGGACACUACGGAAAUGCGCUCCAAGCAGCUUCUUCUGAAGGACACGAUAAGGUCGUGCAGAUACUGCUAAAAAGAGGAGCCGAUGUCAACGCCCAGGGUGGAACCUACGGAAAUGCGCUCCAAGCAGCUUCUUUUGGAGGACACGAUAAGGUCGUGCAGAUACUGCUAGAAAGAGGAGCCGAUCAAUCUGCACCCUAUCGAUCCCAAUUUCAAGAGGUUUAA